UACAUUACUACGUCGUGACCAGAAUACAUACUUCUCGCUGUCAACAGCUACGACAGUGUAGAUGCAUGGAGACCGAAACACCACCAGUUUAUUAAAAUGGAGGAAGGAACAGGCGAUAGCAGCACACCAGUACAGUGGGAGGGGAAAGAUCGAAUACUAAGGCGUGGCGACCUUGCUCGGAUCCUUGGAAUGUAAGUAUAGAUUUAUUUGUUCUCUUUCGAUGGGCUUGCGUGUCGACGAAACGUUGCGAUGAACUUUAAUUUUAGCUGAUUGGCUGAUUCAAUGCUUUUUACUUGAUCGGUCCUCGCUGCGGUCCUUUCUAUUUUUUUAAACAGCCAAAAGGGCAAAUUAAAUGAUCACAAGGGGGACCUGUCACGCGUUGUGCGGUCCCAUUUGAACCCAGAUUGGUCCGCAGGUUUGGAACAGAACGGGCACGCCUAUUUGUACGACAUUGAGCUUGUUCUGGGAGGGAAACUAAACGGUGUUCCGAGAUGCGAACUACUAUACACGACAGCAUUCGAGGAAGGAAUGACGGGCGAUUCUCGACAACGACGGAAACGAAAGCAGAACCCACCGAAAGAAGAAAAAAAGAACGACAAAAAUGCCAAGAAUGCGUCGUCAUCGUCGGGAAUGAAGAAAAAGAAAACAACAGCUACUGGUGGCAAGGUAGCAGCUACAAAAAGUAUCGGCAACAACAGAAAGCGGGGAAAAGUGACAAUAUCAGCCACAACGUCGUCAACCAAUCGCAACAACACGACCAACGGUACCGGUAUUGGAAUGUUCGAAAAGCACCGCAGAGAAUUCGAGAGAUGCCUCAAUAGGUUGGAAAAAUUGGACGUUUACUUAUUUUUUUCGGAGCACGAUAUUCCGCCGGAGUUCGACGAAUGCUACGAUAGACAAGAUCCUGUAUCAGAAAACGAGAGUUCGGCAGCAAGCCCCACGACAACUGAGAAAAAACAAAUACCAGACGACAUGCACAUGCAGCCACCGUCGCCACCGUCGUCGUCAACCGAAGUCCCGAGCGACAAGGAGGGGAAAUCAGCUUCGGUUUUGUUUCCCAACCACCCUCCGUAUAAUUUUAUCGUGCUGAGAAAGCGGUUGGAGCAAAACAGAUACAUCAUCGACCGGCAACGCCUGACGGAAGCCGAAGAAAAUUUUCACGCGGAUGGGACAACAGUCGAUGCUUCGGAUGCAACCAAGAAGGGGUCGUCCAAUUUUUCACAGCAACAUCCAUUCGGAAUCAAUUGGGAACUGUUCCGCGACGAUGUUAUUGGGAUGUGCAACGCCGCGGUCGAACGAAAUAAGGGGAACUUUGACGACGGAACCCCAGGUACGCUGAGCAAUUCCGCCGAGAAAAUAAAAUCUUCGAUGGAACAAAUAUACGAAAAAACUGGACGGCGCCAAGUUCAGGAGAUGGAAGUGUCAAACGACGCCCUUCGGUUUUCGAAAAUUAUGGAAGCUACGGAAAACAAAGAAGCCGCAAUGCAGGGCAAGGGCUGGAGGAAAAGAGGUAAGCUACUCGGUUGUAGCUGUAGCUGUCCCAGUCCACAAUAGAGCAUUCUGUCGAGUUGGUUAUAUCGAAUUUUUUUCCUCAUAUCCCAAUUUCGCAAUGCUUUCAAUUCUUUGUCUCGUGUAUCAUCGGGUGACAAUUACAGCUUUUCCCGAACGACAGUACGAACGGCUUACAACCGAUGCCGUUUGUGCUGGUCUCUCCGAACUUGAUGAACGCAUUGCGACUUAUGAAUUACAAACAAAUUUGAAGGAUAGUUUCAUCGGUCUUUCUUACACCUAUAACGACACCGGUCAGAGCGAAGGAUGGAUGAAAACAAUUAUAAGCGAAGGUGACGAUAAGAACGAGCAGGAAAAAGCUGCCAGGGCCCUAUCAACUGACGAUGGGGUGAUUAAAGCCCAAGUAAUGGCAUCCAUGCAAUCUUUGCUUAUUGCAGUACAGGAUCGUGUGAUGACAGAAAAUGGUGUUCUAGAGCAAAAGGAACUCCGAAGUGCAAGCUGGGCAAUUGGGAUAGAGAAGGUUGGAGAACAAAUUGUGUCAUCAAAGCAGCUCGAUUCCGAUGCGUCGCAACCAGAGAUUGUAGAGCAACCAGUAUGGGGAAUGGAUUGCUACACCCGCAAAAAUAUUUCGAUAUGCCUCGGAACAAAGUUUGAUAAGGAUGUUGUUCUUGUUUUUAUCGAAAAAUGGCUUCUCCCUGCUAUCAAUGCUUGUCCUGUAGAUUUGGCAUACAAUUUGUCAAACGCAGCUCGAAUCUUAGAGGGUCUUCCACUGGAUACCGCAUCUUCUUUGAAUCAACGAAAAGCAACUACAACAGAACUGUGGAGUACUACAUUACUGGGAAAAGCAUUGCUAAAAAAGAUCGAGGAAACAGGUCCGCCCUGGUUACACUGUGCAGCACGGAUUUUGAGGAAGGCGAUCGAAUCGAUGGGUCAUGAUUUUUUUCGUGUUCAUCCAAAAGGUCAUGGAUCCAUCGUGCUUAGUCCAAAGAUUGCACCCAAUCGCCUUGUCACAUUCUAUCGAGGAGAAGUUUAUCCAUCGUGGCGAUGGGGUGAAAAGAUGGAUGCGAUAUCUUUGAUUCAACAGAGAAACAAUCUGAAACCCCGUUUACCCGACUUCUACAACAUGGCUCUGGAACGACCUCAACAGGAUCCUAGAGGUUACGGGCUCCUUUUUGUUGACGCUUCAAGGAAGUCUGGUUAUGGAUCAAUGCUGUCUCAUAGUUGUAAUCCAUCUUGCGAAGUUCGGGUUGCUGCUGUCAAUGGCAAGCUAACGUUAGCAAUGACCACGCUCCGUGAGCUAACGAUCGGCGAUGAAGUAACGUUUGACUAUAAUGCUGUGACGGAGUCCUUGCACGAAUAUCAGGCAGCAGUAUGUUUGUGCGGACAAGUCCAUUGCAGAGGCUCGUUCUUGCAUUUCGCUACUGCAGAUUGUUAUCAGCAAGUUUUGAACCGAAACUCCCCAAUUGCCGUGCGUCUGGCACAGCUCAUAAAAGGAUGCACAAAAAGAGUCAUGUCAGAUGAUGACAUAGCGAUUUUAGAGCGCCAUGGUUUUCAGACUGCUGCUUUUGGCGCAGUAAGUGUAAACAGACGAAAGACAACAAAUUCGGAUUUCGAGAGGUCCUCGUUGGAUUCGAUGGACUUUGUUCCAAUUUGGCUUCGAACCCAUGUAGCCGAUAUUUUGCGUUACAUCGAGUAUGAGCGGCGAGCCUUGCCAAUUGCAUUGAUUUCGAACCAGAUAAGUAAUCAUAAGAGUGUGGAUGACUCUGGGACAAACGAUAAAAAGAAGAGGGUCAACGUUGCAAAUGUAAAAGAAGCAAGUCAAUCAAAUGCUGCACCGAAAUCAAUUGACGACAAACCGGUGAAGGGAUCGAAACCACAACCCACAUUCUUCUACUAUUUGCAACGGAAACGAGAAUCUUUUAUAUCGCAAUUAUUGGAGGAACGCAAAAACGAGUCAAUGACUGGUGGGGAAAUUGAACGUGAGAUGAAGAAGCUAGCUUCUGCUGAAUGGAAAAGCUUUGAUGACGAAAUGAAGCAACACUGGAAGGAACAAGCGAUUGCAGAAUGGGAGAAAAACGGGGGAAAGAAGAAAGCCGUCCUUGAGCAACAGAGACUAAAAAGGUUAUCCCAGUCGAAAAACAGUAAAAAUAAACACAACACGUGUGAGCCGAAAAAGUCAACGAACACGAAGACACAAGAAUCGCCCGCAGGUAACGACGGACUGUUAGAGACAAAGAAAAUAUCAUUCCAAGCAGCAGAUGCAGAGGGUGUAACCGCGAUGGAACAAAGGAUACAACAAUUGACGCAGUCUCUUAGUCGUGUUGGUCGUGUUUUGGACCGUCACAGAGAAGAAUUAUUGCGAAAGCAACAAUCAGAAAAAUCUACGGAGAAAGUUCAUUCUCCAGCAGAGCUCCGAGAACUGGCUCACUCGCCACUAGCAAUAAUGUCUGACGAGCACGUUGUUGCAUUUAUGUGGAAUCACGAAAACGGAAUAAUCCGAACUCUUUUGAGAAUGGCGAAACAAGAAGUUUGCGUCAGCCCGCAGUUAAAUUCAGCUCUUGAGGAUGUAGAAUCGAAUUAUACAUCAUUAGCUGGGUUUGGGAGACCAUGGGAGAAAGGGGCUGAUAUCGAUUUUCCUAUGCCACCUCAAAAAGGGAGGGAAUUGUUGAACGAGGCUCUAUUGAAGUUUCGUACAACACUUCUUGAUGGGAUACGGGAUAUGGCCACAGACAUCAAGAAUUUACGGGCAUCCGCUCGAGAGAAUGCAAGAGAGAAAAGAGAGAGAGAAGAAAAACGGAAGCAACGAGCUGAAAAAAUUAGCAAAAUUUCUACUUCAUGUAGCGACACUGAGAUCCGAUCUGCCAUCAAGUUUGUCUUAAAUGGUUUGAUUGAUACUAUUGAAGGUGACGAUUCGGACAGUGAAGUUGACUCCAACGAUCCAAACAUAUCGGAACCAUGGUUGAACAACUACAACAAAAGAUUCAAAAUGGAGAAAGCUGCGGAUCUGCUGCUCCUCUACAGACGGACAAGUACCUUUUUCCGACUGGUACCUUAUGAAUCUUUGCAGUCGUCCCCCAUCGAAGUGUAUGCGAGAGAGGUAGGCAAUAGCGUCCCGCGUUCUGUAAUGGAUAUAAAGGAAACAUCUGAAGGAAUGGAUCGAGAUGAAUUGAAGAAACCUGACCAAGAUAUCGAGAUGGCGGACGAAAAUCAUAACAAAGCUAAACCUUCAACUGAAGUCAAAAGAACUGGUGUGUGCGAACCUGAAGACAUUAUCAGUGAAGUUGUCGUCGACUAUCAAGGUGACUACAUAUUUUCGCAGAUUCUUCAAUGGUAUAAUGCCGGUAUUGGCCAGAAGCCCGGUAUACCUGAUAUUAUUGGUUGCGCUCUAUUACCUUCCAUGUCAGGUUGCUGGACAAUAGAUACAACGAAAGGAAGCAAUGCUGCCACUGGAACAAGAACUAAAUAUCAAUCAAAUAUUCGUCCUAAGCUUGUUGAAUGGUUUAAGGAUCCUUUCAAGAGAGGUAGUCCUUGGACAGAAGAUUUACGACGAGGUUUCGUGGACAAAGAUGAUGACAGUAUCGAAAAAGCUUCCAAAUUUUGGCUUCCAAUAGGAUCACCUGUGUUAGACUUUCUCGUCACUGGAGACGACUGCAAUUUAAUGGAUGCACUGCGUCAAUUGGGAACUGAUCCUUUCUCCGUUGAAAAUAGUGGCUCAGAUGGCCUUCUGUCGAGUGUGGAUCAUGGACGCCCUGCACAAGCUGUAUGUAAUUGGGUGCAAUGCGAAAAACCAGACUGUAAAAAAUGGAGGAAGAUACCAUGGCAUGUGGAUAUAGACAUUAUCUCAAAGAGUUUUGUCUGCGCUGACCAUAUUUGGGGUCUAGAUCCUCCAUCAUGCGAUGCUCCAGAGGAUGUUUGGGACGAGACAACAGAUGCAUGUGUAGAAGCCGAUGGGAGUGUUAAACCAAAGGGCGUUGACAAAAGUACGUCGCCUGUUGUAUGCAGCGACCAAUUUCCAAAGGUAUCCCGCGACAUAAAAGACUUCAAAAUUGGAGGUAAGUACACUCACUCCUUAUCGAGCCCAAGUAAUCCAUUCAAAAGUUCUGGCUCUAACUAUGUCUUUCGUAACUUUUCCUAGAUCGUUUCGACAUUCUUCGACCGGGCAAAGAAAAAUGGAGCAUUGCAAGCGUAGUAGAUGUUGCGUUGGACUCAAAAAAGAUCCAAUUUCACUUCGUGAAAACUCAGAGUAAGAACGAUGUUUGGUUAGAAGAACAUUCAUAUCGAAUAGCGACGUUGCACACGCACACUUCUCAGUCAAAACAAAAAGCGCCUACCAAAAUUCAGCUUCCCUCUAUUUCAGAAACGAGUGAAAAAGCUUCAAAAUUGGAAAAGUUAAAGAAAAUCAAAGCAAGUCAGAACCAGCAGAGGAUUGCAAAGCAACUUUCGAAGUCUAAUGAAUCAAGCGAGAAAGAUGUUCAAUUUAGAAGUACCACGAACAAAACAGAAAAUAGGAAGACCAAUUUUAGAAUAGAGGAUGACGAUGACGAUGACGAGGGUUUAUUUGACGUAAUCAGUUCUGAAGAUGAAGACGACGACGAAGAAAACCAUGAAAUGGAACAUGAGACGGAAAUUACCGAUAUCAGAUCUAAUGGUGGAAGUGACAAAGAAAGGGUUGAGAAACGAUCUACUGUGACAGAUCAUAGCUCUUCUGACAGUUCCUUUAAGAAAGAGACUAAUGUUGUUCGUUCUGAGCACAGUGAUGUUGAAAACGAUUGUACAAAGCUAUCUGCAAAGACGAAGUCAGCGUUUACCAUCCCCAAAAAAGAACGGGGCAAAAGAUCAUCAUCAAUCGUUAUUCCAAAGAAGAAUGCUAUACCGAAGAAACCUCAAUCUUCUUCGUCAGUUGGAACUUCUCUCAUCUCAAAGGCUAUGCUUGAGGGGAAAGUCAAGAAAAAAUCUAGAAGCCCAGCGAAGAAAAGUCUAUUAUCUCUUAGCCCAAGUGCUACAAAAGAGAGAAGUAAUCAUCGCAAACACGAAAUUUCCGGUACCAGCAGUUCGCCCUUGAAGAGAAAAACGUUUUCAGAAAUGAGCAAAACAACAACCCUCACCAGUCCUCCAACAACAAGGGUGAAGCGAGAUCAAAUCGAGAUCAACAAUGGAAACAAGUCACGGUCCCCUCUAUCUAAAGCCAUGGUAAAUCCGAGACGCUCAUAUAAUGACAGGUACUCCAUUGAGCAGCGGCGUGAAAGAGAGCUUUAUCGUGACUCGAAUGAGUACUCUGUCCGGAGAAGCAGUGACCACUAUCGUGAUUCAAGUGACACAAACGAUUAUUCUGCUAGAAGGACGAAUGACAGCAACAAUUUGUCACAACGAGGCUCCUCUAUGGACCGACGACGAGUGGACCACUCGGACCAAAACAUCUCCCCACGCAGAAAUUACGAUAGUCGUGGGCACGAUGAAUAUGGAGAUGAUGAAUAUCGCUCUCGCCACAGCGAUCAUUCUCGCUAUAAGCAUGAAGACGAUGUAUAUCGCUCUCGUCAAUAUGACAGCUAUCACAAUGAAGAUAAUGUUGAGCGGUCGCGGAACAAAUCAUCUGAUUAUUCACCAAGAAGGAUUUCAUAUCGUAGAGAAGGGAAACAUGAACAAUACAGUGAUGAGUAUUUUCAUGAUAGAAGAAUGAGCGGCAGUGAUAGACGUCGCAGCGAGCGCGAGGGAUACUAUGACUACGAUGGGCGGAUUGUAGACGACUCAGACCCCUAUGUAUCUAGAAGACCAGAAGCUGAGUACAGGCGCCGAGGCACAGACAUCGAUAGAGACGUGAACCGAGAUGAGUACCGUCAUCGAUUGGAUGAAGAGGAUGAACGCAGCUUUCGCUCGCACUUCGAUGCCGAAGACUAUCGCCGCGUAGAUGACCGUCAAAGUAAGCGACGUCGGCAUGAUUCGUCUUCACGACGAGAGGAAAGGCGAAGGCGAACAUUUGAUGGUAGCGACGAAUAUUCACGACGCUUGCAAAGCUACAAUUUUUCGCAAGAACAUGAUUAUCCGAAUGAAGAUUUUAGACAUCGAGAUCGGCGCCGUUGAUCGUCCUCACUCGGACAACAAAAAAUCGAAUAGAUACAAUUUAAAAAG